UUCGAACCGCCCGAAAAUUCGCAGCCAAUCCGCCCGCAACCGCCGCAGUAUCAAAGCUCUGUCUCUGUUCACCGAGUCUGCUUGCACCCGCCUAGCCGUUAAAUUUCGUCUGGCUCUGCAGCAGUCCAACCAACCUUUUGCGGCCAACACAUAGAAGGGCCUUUUUACUUCUUUCAAUAAGAAUUUCACAAGCCAAGAAACAGAACAAAGGGAAUAUGGCGGAAUCUACUUUGCAGGAUCGCCUGCGCGAGCACUCAAAGGCCUUUGAUGGUCUCUUGUCCCUGAUUCCGGCAAAGAUGUACUAUGGAGAAGACAACUCUGAACAAUGGAAGCGGACGAAGCAGACGAAAGCCGAAGCCAAAGCCGCAAAGACGGCCAAGCUGGACCCCGACAGCGAGCUGAACCGCAACGCAAAGGAGGUCAUGGACGAGAGGGCGGCGCGCAACAAGCGCAAGCUGGAGGCGAUGCAGGAGGAAGAGGACAAGGAGGACGAGGAGCCUAUUCCGGGCGUGCAGAGGGAGCUGCCCGGCCAGGGCCUGCGGAUGAACAAGGACUACAAGAAGCAGAAGACGGCCGACCUCCCGAUCGACACGAUUGACGACGCCAACCCUGCCGAGAUGUCGCAGAACCAGCUCAUGAGGAUGGCAAAGAAGGAGGCCAAGCUGGAGAAGCGCGCGACCAAGAAGGCGAAGAAGGCUGAGAAGAAGGCUGCUAAGCUCGAGGCUUCUGGUGGCGACGCCGCUGCCGCUGCGGAUGCUGAUGCUGAUGCUGAAGCGCCUGAGGCCAAGGAGUUUAGCAAGCCCGCCGCCACCAAGGCUGCAAAGUCCCCGGCGGCCGCCAAGAAGGAGUCUAGCAAGAAGCAACAGAAAAAGGCCGAGUCCAAGGACGCCAAGCCCGUCAGCAACGACCACGACAGGGACGUGGACAAGGACGAGGAUGAGGACGAGGAGUACGAGACCGUCGAUGAGUCCGACGACGAGGCCGAACCCGCGACAAAGUCAAAGUCCAAGUCCGCUGACCUCAACCCCCUCGACCUCUCCGGCCUCGCCCAACAACAAAAGGCCACAGAGUCCAGCGGCGCCUCGGCAUCGGCCUCGCCCACCUUUGACACCGCCGCCGCCACCGCGAGCACGACAACCUCAACGAGCUCCACAGUCCCGCCCUCCGAGAAGCCAAAGCACAUCAAACUCCCCGCCGACACCUCCGCCCUCCGCGCCCGCCUCGCAGCCCGCAUAGAAGCCCUCCGCGCCGCCCGCAAGGCAGACGGCCCCGACGGCAAACCGAUCCGCACCCGCCAGGAGCUCAUCGAGGCGCGCCGCUUCAAGCAGGCCCAGCGCAAGGAGCACAAGAAGGAGCUCCGCACAAAGGCCAAGCUCGAGGAGGACGCCCGGCGCGAGGAGACGCUCGCGUCAAACUCCCCCAGCGUCAUGUCGCCCCGCGUCGGCCUCGGCGGCGACGACGGCGACGAGCCCGCCAACUUUGCGUUCGGCCGCGUCGCCUUUGAAGACGGGACAAAGCUCUCGCACGACCUCUCCCACGCGCUCAACACGCACAAGAAGCGCGGACCCUCGGACCCUAAGACGGCGCUCAUUAAGAUCCAGAACCAAAAGAAGCGCCUCGCGGCCCUCGAUAAGGAGAAACAGGCCGACAUCGCUGAAAAGGAGCAGUGGCUCAUCGCCCGGAAACGCGCCGAGGGCGAGCGCGUGCGGGACGACGAGCAGGCGCUGAAGAGGGCGGUCAAGCGCAAGGAGCAGACCAAGAAGAAGAGCGAAAAGGCGUGGAAGGAGCGCAGCGACGGCGUGGCGAAGUCGAUUCGCGAGAAGCAGAAGAAGCGCGAGGAUAAUUUGAAGAAGCGCAAAGAUGAUAAGCUGGCGCAUAAGCUCGGUCGCAAGAGCGGGAAGAAGGUUGGCGGUGGCGGGGCGAAGAAGACCAAGGCGCGUCCUGGGUUUGAGGGGAGCUUUGGCGGUGGUAAGAAGAAGAAAUAAGUGUGAGGCAUAAGAAGACGAUCGUGAGGAAUUGGGCAGAGGUGUGAGAGCGGUUGGCGAUACAGGAGAUUAAUCGAUAUCCCCCCGGAGCAGUGGAGGCAGGACACAAGUUGUGUGUGUUCGAGCAAAACCGACCAGUGGUUUUUUUUGCAUCAUCACUAUGGAUGGAAAACGGCGUUUUGGGAACAAAAAGAGAACUACUGUACAUUGUUUUGUUUCUUCUUUUGCACAAAAAAAGGGGGACGGCGGCGUAGGAGGGAACCCAUGAAUACAUAUUUCAAUCGUUCUAGCCAU